AUGUCAAAUUCUAAGGAUAUAUUAGGGUUUGAUAGUAUAUUUAGCAUAAAAAAUAUUUUGCAAUGUAUAAAAUUUCCUUUAGUAAGUGCGGCUGUUAUCAGGGAAAAUGUCCCGUGUCUCCGCUCAGAUGGCUCUAUGGGACAGAUGGAAAUAUGUAAAGAUGAGUUUGGAAAUAGAAUUGAUUGUCCCAAAUAUCAUGAAGACGUUACAGAAAACAUUGAGGAAGAAGAAGAAAAAGUUAAGAAAAAGCCCUGUGGACAGGAAAUGGCACCUCCCCAAUAUGCCGAUCUUGGUAAGAAGGCCAACGAUGUCUUCUCCAAGGGAUACCACUUCGGCGUUUUCAAACUUGACCUGAAGACCAAGAGUGAAUCUGGCGUAGAAUUCACCAGUGGCAUUACCUCCAACCAGGAAAGUGGAAAGGUCUUCGGAAGCCUUUCCUCUAAAUAUGCUGUGAAGGACUAUGGUCUGACAUUCACAGAAAAAUGGAACACCGACAACACACUCGCUACAGAUAUCACCAUCCAGGACAAGAUCGCCGCUGGACUUAAAGUGACUCUUGAGGGAACUUUUGCUCCACAAACCGGAUCCAAGACCGGAAAACUGAAGUCCUCCUUUGCAAAUGACACCGUUGCAAUCAACACCAACUUGGACCUUGACAUGGCGGGACCUAUUGUAGAUGUGGCCGCUGUUCUCAAGUACCAGGGCUGGCUGGCUGGAGCUCAUACACAGUUUGACUCGCAGAAGGCCAAGUUUGCCAAGAACAACUUUGCCUUUGGCUACCAGACCAAUGACUUUGCUCUUCAUACCAAUGUUGAUAAUGGCAAGGACUUUGGCGGUUCCAUCUACCAGAAGGUGUCUGAUAAGUUGGACUGUGGUGUGAGCAUGAAGUGGACAUCGGGAUCUUCGGACACCUUGUUUGGGGUCGGAGCUAAGUUUGCAUUGGACCAGGAUGCUUCCCUGCAUGCCAAGAUCAACAACAAGUCACUCAUCGGUCUUGGUUACCAACAGAAACUUCGCCCUGGCGUGACCCUGACGCUGUCGGCCGCCAUCGACGGUCAGAACUUCAACGCCGGCGGACACAAAGUCGGCGUCGCCCUGGAACUCGAACCCUAG